AAUCACCUUACCUUUACACAGCACCCACCUUGGGCCCAGGACGCCAUUGCUGUCGGCGGAAUUCUGCAGCGACCGCCUUGUCACAAAUAUAUGAGCGCCCCAUCCCACGAGGAGAACCCCCAGGUGACCCAACCAUUCAUCCUCCCAACCAGCACCGACGGGGACGAUGACGACCGCGCCAUCCGGGUGCUGGUCCAAACCAAAACCCAUCUCGUGCCGGGCGAUAAGAACACCGAGUAUGGGGAACGCAUUGACGCCAUGGAAACCUUAUCUACCAGCGCGUGGUGGUCUCGGAACCGCUAGUACAGCCGCCUAGGUCUUGACCACUGCUACUUCCACUACUUCCCCUUCCGCUAAUACCUUACCUCUGCUACUAGAAAUUCUGCUUUCCACUCCUACCAGAGGGGGUCCCGCUUCCACUUGCACGGGAAGACAUCUCGUAUCGGGGGUGCUCAAUGACUUCGCAGUUAGCCCGUGCAUGCUGAUGGUAAGCUAGGUCGGGCACCCCGAUCGGCAGACGAAAAGCAACUACAAGAGCAAGACCAAACCUGGCCCCGUGUUUAAUGAUAAUGGUUUCCUCGGUCAAGCCCAAACCUUAGCAACAACGUACAUAGACUACACCAGCACCUGCACUCAGCCAUCCACCCAUCCAUUCCAAAUCUCAGCUGAUGGCCGUUCAGCUCAACGGCUAGCUGGCCGUCAUCCCCAGGAAAAAGCAGGUCGGCAGAU